AUGAGCUCGCGGCGCGCCAGGCUGUCGCCGAGAAGUCAGCCCCAGCAAAGCUCAGCAAGAAGUUCCCGUGCUGGCACGCCGAGUCUGUGUCCCUGUUCACCCCCCACGUCUGCUACAAAGCUUGGAAAAAAAAACAACCGCGUCUCUUCCGUAGGACCUCAGAAAUUUCGCAGCCGUGCGUUGGAUGUGACACCUCUUUUCACAGUGGAAGGUGCUGUACGCUACAUCGAUGUCAUUAAUGAACGUACUGCGUGGACGGUUGAGUGCGAUGGCUCUAUAAGUGUGCGGAGCAUUCCAAAGGGAAACGAAAUGAAACAAAUUUUAGGACGAAAAGGUGUUUUUUGUACCUGCCUUUUGUUUGUUGGAAAAACGGGAAAGGUGUGGGCUGCCUUCAGUGAUGGUUUUCUCCAGGUUUAUGAUGUAAACACCUUUUUAUUGGAAAAUACGUUUGUGCAGCACACCGGGGCGGUGGAAUGCAUCGUUGAAAUGGAAGAUCGUAUUUAUACAGGUGGACGUGACUGGAAAAUAUACCAGUGGAUUCCAGAGAUGUAUUGCUACGAGAGACAAUUCGCCGGUCAUGGGAAUACGGUCCGUUGUCUUUGCCCAUACACCGGAAGCACAGGGGCGGUACUCUUUACAGGAAGUGACGACGGAACGGUGAAGGCGUGGAAUCCAUAUCCAUCAGUGAAGCAGUCCAAAGAAAACAAUCCCUGCGUGCACACAUUUGUGGGGCACACACGAGGGGUAUUAUCUCUGGAGAUUGUGGCUCCCAAUAAUCAACUAUGGUCUGGUGGCGAGGACACCAAAAUACGUGUCUGGGAUCUUCAAACUUUGAACUGUGUCGCUGUGUUGGAAGACCAUAAUUCACCCAUUGCAUGUUUGUCUGUCGUGGAGCACCGCGUCUGGAGCGGCGAUAAGCAUGGCCGCAUUCUCUUGUGGGAUCUCAGGACCCUCUCACCACUGCAGGAGCUCUCGCGGCAAAUGCAGGUGGAGCAUAGGUCGGUGUUUGCCGUAAGAAAGAUGCUGCAGACCGUUGUUUGGAAGGUAUGGACCACAGGCUCUGCCGGCCACAUUCACUGCUGGAAUGCCGAGUCCAUGCCCCUGAUAUUUGACAGCGACACUCCCGGCGAGAUGUUGCCGCAUACAGACGAAGAGAAUAUGCGGGCGCUUGAGGUAGAUAAUGAAGCUCUUCGGAAGGAGGUUGCAAGGUUGACAACACAGCUGGAGAAGGAAAGCGCACAUGCCAUGUCAGAGAAAUUCAAUGAGAUGCAGAAUCAGCAACUCAUUAUGGAUACGAAUGAGGGUUUAAGACGGCAACUUCGCGAAACGCAGCGAUUAGGGGCUGUUGGGAAUGGUGGCAACACAGAACAUGGAAUUCGGUCGCCGUAUACUGAAUUGGGGUAUCCACAGGCACCACGCCUUGAUUUAUCUAUGCCAUUCAGUGAUGCAUCACGCAACGGGGGAGAAACAGGGGGAAACGAGAGGGGUGAAGCGCCUUUCUGGGAGCCAGUCACAAUGUCAAUUUAUCGCAAUGAUGUCACGCCCAUCAUUACAAAGAUUGAACGAUUUUUUCCAGGCAGUGCUUGGUCCGAGAUUCUGCAAAAUCACGAAAAUGAACUUCGCCAAACGUUUAUACGUGAAGCAGCUCAGGCGCUAGGAGUCCCUGAAGACAAAUUGCAACAUGCAUCGAUGGAACCCAAUCCUCAGGGUCUUUUCGCCACAAUAAAAGUUUCGCACAGUUCGGACACAAGCGCCGAGGAACUUAAACGUCCUUUAAAAGCGCAUCCUUUUGUGCCGGUUCUCAAUCUGUACGGAGCAGCCUUGGCGAAAAAAAACGAACGGCUCAAGGAAGCACUCAUUCAAGCACACAAUGAAAACCAAUCAGCAAGUCAAUCAAUGCAAGAUAAUCCAAAAACUAAAACAAACGGUCCCUCUGCCAUCAUGGACAAAAAUGAGAAAAUAGCUCACCUAAGCAAUGAACUUGAAAGUGUUAAGCGACAAAACGUGAGGCUACAGAAUGAAAUUAAAAAAAUAUAUGAACAGUUGGCGGUGAAGGAAGCGCCGAGCCGCAUCAAUGCGCAGGAGGAGUACGACGCGCUGAAGAGUUUUGUGGAUAACUCCCUGAAGCCGUUGAUAUCGCGCCUGGAGCGCACGAACGGGGAGAAGGAACUUGACCUGCGGGCGAACGAGGAGCGCAUCCGGCAGCUGUUGCAUGAAAAGGAACAGCUUCAGAAGCAGUUGGCGGCGAAGGAAGCGCCGAGCCGCAUCAAUGCGCAGGAGGAGUACGACGCGCUGAAGAGUUUUGUGGAUAACUCCCUGAAGCCGUUGAUAUCGCGCCUGGAGCGCACGAACGGGGAGAAGGAACUUGACCUGCGGGCGAACGAGGAGCGCAUCCGGCAGCUGUUGCAUGAAAAGGAACAGCUUCAGAAGCAGUUGGCGGCGAAGGAAGCGCCGAGCCGCAUCAAUGCGCAGGAGGAGUACGACGCGCUGAAGAGUUUUGUGGAUAACUCCCUGAAGCCGUUGAUAUCGCGCCUGGAGCGCACGAACGGGGAGAAGGAACUUGACCUGCGGGCGAACGAGGAGCGCAUCCGGCAGCUGUUGAGUAAAUGCGGUCGAUCAUGUUCAUUGUGUGCCCUCAAUACUGGUGCAUUUUUUAUUCAUUCGGAGGGAAUGGAGAGUGAUCGUCAUGUUCUUUUGGACGCGUUGGUUGAAGCGGAGGAAAGUGCUCGCGUACGGGAGUCCGAUCUUUUGGCCCUGGUGGAUUCACUGCAGAAUGUGGUGGAUAGGUAUGUUGUAGAGAAGGAGAAGCUGGUGGCUAGGUUAGAGACUUUGAACGGCGAGCUUAGUGAGGCCCUGAAGGAAAGAGAUAUGGCGAUGUCUGAUGGAAAGUUGUUAGAGGAGGAGUGUGCUGCUUUGCGAGAUCAACUGCGUGGGGAGCUUCUUGCACAGAUUCCCGUUGGCGAGCAAAAGCUUUUAGCGGCGUAUUUGGAUGAAGUGCAGCGCAGGCGGGAGGUGGAGAAGGAGAUGUACCGUGGCCUUUCCAAACGGGUCAAAGCAUCCUGGUGA